UCUGAUUGUUCGUUCGUCCAUGUUGUGUUGCUUUAAUUUUAUCAUGAAAAUGGAUGUUGUAUCUAUUUUGGUACCAAAAUAAUGAGCCCGUCUCUUUUUCAUUUGUUCGUUUCGGGGUUCCUACUGUUGCUUCACCACCAUAUUUCGAGAAAUUAACUGCAACUGUGAUCAAUCUGUUCCACGUAGAAAUUCGUUUUAGCUUUUGUUCCACGGCAAACAAAUUAACAACCAUUUAUAUAGAAUAUUUUCAGUUUUUUAUUUUUCUUCUUGCCAUCGUUGAGCCAAAAUCCUAUGGAAUCUCUUCCAUAAAAUGUCUUAGUGUAUGUUUGGAUGGUGGGUCGAUAUGGGUUGUGAUGGGUUCGACCAACUUCGACCCGCGUUUGGUUAAAAUUUCAUAUGGAUUGGGUCCAUCCCUAAGAGAAAUAUACACCUCGAAUGCGGAUCGAGUUGGUCCCUCCUCCGAUUCCAUUUGGACAUGCACCAUAUAUUGGCGUUCAUGCUCGGCCUUCAUGCUCGGCCUCGCCAUCCCGUACCAUCACUGGACGACGCCCGGUAACCACGUCGGAUUCGUCGUCAUGUACACGUUCACCUUCUUCUUCACCAACUUCGGGCCCAACUCCACCACCUUCAUCGUGCCGGCAGAGAUCUUCCCGGCACGGCUGCGGUCCACUUGCCACGGCAUUUCCUCAGCUGCAGGGAAGUCUGGCGCCAUUGUCGGUUCGUUCGGGUCCCUGUACGCAGCGCAGAGCACUGACCCGACCAAGACCGAUGCCGGCUACCCGCCGGGCAUCGGCGUGCGCAACUCGCUGUUCAUGCUCAGCGGAUGCAAUGUUGUCGUGUUCCUGUUCACGUUCCUCGUGCCGGAGUCGAAGGGAAAGUCGCUGGAGGAGCUCUCCGUCGAGAACGAGGACGAGGCACCACCAGCAUCUGGCCAGAGUAACAAGCAGACCGCUCCGACAAAUUUGAGCGAAUAAAUUAACAGUACAGAUCUGUUACUUGCCAA